GCUUGCCAUGGAGGUUUAUUUUCACUGUUAUUUUGCCCUUUCGAUGAUAAAAUAAAGAAUAAAGGGUAAAAGUUUGUUCUUUGGGCAUAAUUGAUACCCUCCACCAUGAUAGAGGGAAAGGCAUAUAACAAUCAACACAUCAAAAUUAUACAUUGCUUGAUGCCGAUCUCAUUCUUCAUUUAGUGGGUUUAGGGUUGCUUGAAGAUUCGAUUGUACAAAUUAAGUACAAUUCAAAUAUUUGCUUCAAGAUGUUCAUAACUUGGCAGAGUAGAUUUAGAAUGUUCUGGCUUCUUUUAAGAGCAUGCAAAGCAAGGAAUUUCGGGUUUGAGUGCGUGAGAAUUAAGGAAUUUGGAGCUGAAAAGUACACGGUAGUCCCCGUGAUUACUUUCUUUACGCGUGGUAUAUUGGUAUAGACAUCACCUUCAAGGCAAUAACAGUGAGUGAGGGUCCUAUAAAUAUUGAGAAUUGCUUUGCCACCAUCUUCACAACAACAUUUCAUCCUUUUACAACCUCAAAAGCACCAAACAAAAGUACCCAAAAUGGCCGAAGCAAUUCUCUUUGAUAUUGCUGGGGAGAUCAUUAUGAAGCUGGGUUCUCUAGCCCUUGACGAGAUUGGAGUGUGUUGGGGUGUCAACGAUGAGCUUCAGAAACUCAAACGCACAGUCUCCAGAAUUCAGGCUGUGCUCCUUGAUGCUGAGAAGAAGCAGGCGCUAGACGAGCAAGUCAAAGAUUGGCUUGGAAAGCUUCAAGAAGUUGUUUAUGAUGCUGAUGACUUGCUAGAUGACUUCGCCACUGAAGCUUUGCAGCACCAAGUGAUGACUGGAAAUAGACUGACAAAGGAGGUAAGCCUGUUCUUUUCGUCUUCGAAUCGGCUUGUUUAUGGUUUUAAGAUGGGCCAUAAAAUAAAGGCUAUUAGGGAGAGACUAGCUGAUAUUGAAGCUGAUAAACAAUUUACAUUAGAGGUUCAAACUGGGGUGAGGGGUUAUACAACUAUGGUCAGGGAUCAAACUGAGUCCUCUGUACCUAGAGUUGUCAUUGGGAGAGACAGCGACAAAAAGGCAAUUGUAGAACUUCUAGUGGCUUCCAACAGUGAAGAGAAUGUUUCAGUUCUCUCAAUUGUUGGAAUUGGGGGAUUAGGGAAGACUUCACUUGCACAACUCAUCUUCAAUGAUGAACGCAUUAAGAAUUAUUUUGAGUUAAAAAUAUGGGUGUGUGUUUCAGAUCCUUUUGAUGUGAAAAUGAUUGUUAGAAAAAUCUUGGAGUCUGCAACAGGUGCUAAGUCAGAAGAUCUUGAGCUAGAGGCAUUGAAAUCUCAACUAGGAAAUAUUAUGUAUUCUAAAAGGUAUCUAUUAGUGUUGGAUGAUGUGUGGAAUGAAAAUAGGGAGAAAUGGGAUAAUCUAAAGAAAUUAUUAGAGGGUGGCUCUAGUGGAACUAAGAUACUAGUAACUACUCGCUCUGAAAGAGUAGCACAAAUAUCUAGCACUGUGAAACCAUAUGUUCUGAAAGCCUUAUCCCCCUCUGAAUCUUGGUCUUUGUUCCUUCAAGUAGCGCUUAAGGGACAAGAACCAAAAGAUUCAAAUAUAAAAGUAAUUGGAGAGAAGAUUGUAAACAAAUGUGUUGGAGUUCCUCUUGCAAUAAAGACAAUUGCAAGUCUUUUAUGCUUUAAAGAUCCAAAAAAUGAAUGGGCAACUUUCUUAGAUAAUGAACUCUCAAAGGUAGAACAAAAUGAGAAUGAUAUAUUGCCAACCCUCAAGUUGAGUUAUGAUAAUCUCUCGUCACAUUUGAAGCAUUGUUUUACAUAUUGUGCAUUAUUUCCUAAAGAUCAUUUGAUCAAUGUGACAACAUUGAUUCAUCUUUGGGCUGCGCAAGGGUUCAUUGAGUCUCCAAAUUCAAGUCUAUCUGUUGAAGACAGAGGGCGAGAGUAUUUUAUGGAUUUAUUUUGGAGGUCAUUUUUUCAUGAAGCGGAGAGGGAUAUAUUUGGCAAUGUAGAAAGUUGCAAAAUGCAUGAUUUAAUGCAUGACCUGGCAACUUUAGUUGCUGGGAAACAGAUUAGCAAGAUAAAUUCUAAUGAUACUCAUGUAGAUGAAAGAGCUCGUCAUGUUUCUUUUGACAUCUGGUAUUUACGUAAGUCCCACCAAAUUCCUGCUGGAUUGUGUGCUGCAAAAAAGUUAAGGACGUUUCUUUUGCCUCAUCAAGAACUUUAUGAUGAUGAUGAUGAUGAUGAUGAUGAUGAUGAUGGUACAAUAUCACUAGACAAGGUUAUUUUGCCAAACUUCAAGAAGUUGCGUGUCUUUGAUAUGGAUAGUUGUGGAAUUGAAAAAGUGCCCAGUUUCAUAAAAAGCCUAAGACAUCUAAGGUAUCUUAAUGUUUCUCGCAAUAAGAAAAUUAAAGAACUUCCCAAUUUUAUUACAAACCUGCUGAAUUUGCAAGUGUUAAAUGUCUCUGAGUGUCAUAGGCUACAGAAACUUCCUAAAGAUAUUAAAAAAUUGAUCAGUCUUAGGCAUCUGUAUUGUGCUGGCUGUCUCCGUUUGCACUAUAUGCCACGCGGGAUUGGGCAAUUGACUUCACUUCAAACUCUGUCAAUGUUUAUGGCAGCCACAGAUGAUUCAGUGUCAAAGUAUGCUGGAGGAUUAGAUGAAAUGGAUACACUGAAUAAUUUGAGAGGAAGUCUUGAAAUCAGAAAACUGGGACAUGGGACAAUAAAUCCCAAUUUGAAAGAGAAGCCUCUUCUUCAAUCAUUGAUUUUACAUUUUGAUGAUAAUUUAUAUGUUCAUAGGGAAGAAAUGGCAUCUUGCCUCCAACCUCAUUCUAAUCUUAAAGAGUUAGAAGUGUGGGCAUACAGAGGCUUCAGUUUCCCAAGUUGGGUCUCUUCCCUCACAAAUGCUGUCAUUAUCAGGAUAUUUCAUUGCAGCAAAUGUCAGCAUCUCCCACCAUUGCAUCAACUCCCUUCUCUUCAAUAUUUAGAGAUUAAUAGUUUAAGUAAUUUAGAAUACAUAGAAACUGAGGGACAAGGAACUACAUUCUUUCCAUCUCUCAAGCAUCUCCAGCUCACGCACUGUCGUGAGCUAAAAGGAUGGCGGAAGAGUUUUGAAGAUUAUAGAGAUGACCCUACCGCCGUAUCAUCACAAGAGCUACUUCAAUUUCCUUGUCUUUCCCAGUUUCAUUGUCAUGAUUGCCCUAAUUUGAGUUGGAUCCCUCAGCUUCCAUCUCUCGAUGAAGAAUUAGAAUUGUUUUAUGUAAGUGCGCAACUUGUGCAACAAAUAUUCACAACAUCAAUCUCUUCUUCUUCUUCGUCAAUCGUUCCUCCUCUGUCUAAAUUGAAGAAUCUCUCCAUUAACACCGUUGAGGAACUUGAAUCUCUACCGCCAGAUGGUCUGCAGAAUCUCACUUCCCUUCAGCAAUUACAGAUGUUUGAUUGCCCAAGAUUAACGUCUUUUCCUCAGGAGAUGCGUUCCCUCACCUCUCUACAAGAAUUGAAAAUUGUUGGUUGUCCCCUGUUAAACGAAAGAUGUGCAAAUAAAAAAGGUGAAAAUUGGCAUUUCAUUUCUCACAUCCCGAAUAUUGAAGUUGAUUGGAGAAGAGUUCAAUGGGAGGGCCGCUAUCUACUACAGAACCAAGAAAAAUCUUCUACCUCUUGAGAAAUCAAAUGACAAGUUAUGAAGAUUAGACAUAGUGUAUGCACUCUACUUCAAAUCCCUCUUCAACAACAAGCAAUACAAUUAAGUUAAUGAAGGAUCAUAGGAUUACAGUUGUUUACAUCACCAUUAACAACAAGUGCAAAGGGUACUCGGAAUGCAUGGGCAGAAGUUAUUAGAGAACUAUUCAGAAACCAAAACAAGAUUGGAUUAUUUUUAUAAAAAGAUUCAUAUAAAGGUCUCAGCAAUUCUUUGAGAGUGAGAACGAAGGGGACGGAGAUUUUUUCCUCUGCUGAUUUGAGUGCUGAAGGAGAGUUCUAAUGGUGUUGGGUGCUGCAAGGUGACUCAAGACAUUUUAGUAUUUACUAGAAAGGUAUUUCUUUUUAUUUUCUCCAAUUUUUUAGGAUCUAAAUUGUGGAUUGAAAUGUAAGAAAUAUUGUGUAUGAUCUCUUGAUAUAGUGGAUUAUUUUUCAGAGACUGGCCCGUGGUUUUUCCCUCUACAUAAGAGGGUUUUCCACGUAAA